UUCAUGAAGACCAUCACCAACUUCUCUUCACAAUACUUCGAUCAUGCUUGGCAAUAGAAGAACAGAUCAUUUACCCUCUCUUGACCAUAGGCUUUGCUAUGGCUAUGCAUCAACUGCUACACCAUCUUGUUUGCCAAUUCAUCUACACGGGAGCUAAAACACUUCCUGUUUCCAUCACUCAUCCUCCUUCCUCACCAAACUCUCAAUCCAAAGCAACCAUUUUUACUGCGCCUCCCCUGCUUCCUUCCGCAUCCAGACCUUCAAAAAGCGAUCUUGCAGAUGAAGAAGCCCUCCAAUAGUGUCGCGGCGCGGGGGGUUCACCCCGCCCCGCAGCUCGACCGCCUGGCGGCGCUCCCGUCGGCGGUGCUGGCGCUGGCGGUCGCGUUGUCCGCCGAGGAGCAGGAGGUCCUCGGCUACUUGCUCUCCUCUGGUGGGGAGUGGCCCCGCCAGCGGGAACACCUGCCGGAGCUGGGAUGCCGCUGCUUCGGGUGCUACAAGAGCUUCUGGGCGCGGUGGGACGCAUCGCCGAACCGGAAACUCAUCCACCGCAUCAUCGACGCCGUGGAGGAGGGCAUCGAGUGGCAGGAGCAGGAACGCGGCCGCGUCCGCCGCAACCGGAGGCGGAGGACGAAGGGAGCCAACUUGGAGGCCACCUCGAUGGCAGAGGAAGAUAAAUCGGCGCCGGAGGCGACGCACUUCCCGGAUGACGACGACGGCGACGAGUGCGACGAUCGUGCCAGUGACUCCACCAUUAAUGGAAGCAAGAGCUCUGCGAGGGGAUUGAUGAGCUUCAUCGGUGAAAAUUUUUGGCGCGUUUGGAAGUGAACUCAUUGAGAAAUUGAAAUGGGAAAGAAAAAAAGGCAGGAUUUUUGACAUUCGAAGGUCAGAUUUUGAUGGAA